CCUCGCUCGAUCACAAAUAUCUCGGCUUUCUGCUAUUCGACGUGGCACACUUCCUUCGAUCUUGCUCGAUUUCUUUCUCGCUUCGGUCUCGAUCACGGUCGGCCUCGAUCUUGAUCGGCUAUCGAUCCAUGAGCUUACCAAUCCAUCUCCGUACCAUAUUCCGAUAUAACCGGGGCCGGGCCUUCAUCUUCCGUCCCGAUUUCGGUUAGUGGUACAAAAUUAGAUAAGCCCGAUUUUGACUGUAUGCACACCUAUUACAAGGUAAGGGACCUCGGAAUGCAAUGUUAAGUAUCAAGAAUUCCGUAAAAUUAAUUUAUCAAACAUGUCCAAAAACUAGUUUGUAAAAAUAAAAAUAAAAACAAGAAAGCAAAAGUUGUAGUAUUUGGAACCAUGUGAAAAAUAGUAGUCGUGUAUCACAUGGCGCACGCACUCCCACCUGCUGGCGUAGCUAUUCCGUUUCCAUAAGAUGUGAACUGCUUGAUAUCUUUCUCCACAACUUUGUGGCUGUCAUAGUUAGAAAAAAGGCAAAUACACAAUGUUGACACCUUCUAUAUUUAGAAUAUGAUGCAGUAUUUAAGUACUGGCACGUACUCUGGAUAGAAUAUUACAUUCCUAUGGAUUAUCUAGCAAUUGUAGGUGGAUUACUACUUACUUGGACUUUUGUUCAAGGCAUUUGUUGGCUAGCAACAAGCAACAUAUGUAACCAAAAACUUCCACCAGGACCAAUUUCCCUACCAUUGAUUGGAAAUUUGCAUAACAUUCUUGGUGAUCAACCCCACCAGUCACUUGCUAGGCUUGCAGAAAAGUAUGGUCCAAUAAUCAGCCUCAGAAUGGGCCAAAUAAGGACGGUGGUAAUAUCUUCAUCAGCCGUGGCUAAACAAGUCCUUAAAAACCAAGAUUUGGCCUUCUCCAGCAGAACAAUCCCAGAUGCACUCCAUUCCCAUAAUCACUAUCAGUUCUCUGUCGUAUUUCUACCUGUUACUACUCGUUGGAGAUCCCUGCGGAAAAUCUUGAAUUCUAAUAUUUUCUCAGGCAACAGGCUUGAUGAAUAUCAGCAUCUUAGGUCCCAAAAGAUCCAGGAUUUUAUUGCUUAUUGCUGUCAGUGUAGCCAAACAGGGAAGGCAGUGAAUAUAGGCCAAGCUGCUUUUGAGACCUCUAUGAAUUUACUUUCGAGUACUAUUUUUUCCAAGGAUGUAGUGGACCCUUAUGCAAAUUCAGGCAAAGAAUUUAAGGAUGCUGUGUGGAAAAUCAUGGAAGAAGCUGGUAAGCCCAAUUUGGCUGAUUAUUUCCCCGUGUUGAAAUGGAUUGAUCCUCAAGGGAUAAGGCGACGCAUAGGCAAGCAUUUUGAUAAUUUGCUUCAGCAGAUUGAGGGAUGGAUUGAUGAACGAUUAGAGCAAAGGAGGAAAUCGCCGAAUAGUGGUAGCACUGAUGUUCUUGAUGUUUUGUUAAAUACUAGUCCAGAGGAUCCACAGGCAAUUGACAAAAAUCAGAUAGUACACUUGUGCCUGGAUCUUUUCGUUGCAGGAACUGAUACAAGUUCAAAUACAUUAGAAUGGGCAAUGGUAGAGGUCAUGAGAAACCCAGAUAUUAUGAGAAAGGCUAAAGCCGAGCUUGCACAAGUUAUUGGCAAAGGCAAGGUAAUAGAAGAGGCCGAUAUUGCUCGCCUCCCUUAUCUGCAGUGCAUAGUGAAAGAAACCCUGCGGAUGCAUCCACCAGUUCCCUUUUUGAUGCGAAAGGUAGACCAAGACGUUGAGGCGUGUGGGUACUUUAUUCCAGAAGGCUCCCAAGUGUUAGUGCACGUAUGGUCAAUGGGCCGCGACCCAACUAUUUGGGAGAAUCCUUUGGCAUUUAACCCACAGAGAUUUUGGGAUGUGAAAAUGGAUGAUUUUGAGCUCAUUCCAUUUGGUGCUGGUCGAAGAAUUUGCCCAGGGUUACCUUUGGCAACCAGGAUAUUGUCUGUAAUGUUGGGUUCAUUGUUGAAUUCAUUUGAUUGGAAAGCUGAAGGUGAUAUUGCACCAGAAGAUUUGGAUGUGGAAGAGAAGUUUGGCAUUACACUAGCGAGAUCAAUUCCUUUACUAGCUGUCCCUAUUCCGCUAUAAAUAUUGGCUUCAAAUUGGCCAUUUAAUAACAUUAUUAAUGACAAGCCAACACCCAAAACUAUAAAUUCGGGUGUUUUAACUCAGUCACGAACAUGUUAAUGUAUUAGUUUAUGAUUUGUGUAUGCAAUUUAA